ACAAGUCACGCCUCCCCUCCCCUCCUCUCUCUCUUGUCCUCUUCCUUACUGUCCCCGUCUUCUCCCAGACAGACCCUGCCCUUUCUCUUCUGCCGCCCUGUCUGUGGGUUCUGUUGUUGAGGACUGGGAGGACUGGGAGGCUGACAAUGGGGAGCUUUCUUUACCGCCUGCGAUGCUGACACACCAGACCCUCCUGCUGGGAGCCACCGUUGAGAGGUCCCUUCCCCCUUUGAAUGUCAGUCAUUAUGGCAAAGCGUGAGACCGACAGCACCAGCCCUGUGGUCAGGCAGAUAGACAAGCAGUUCCUGGUCUGCAGCAUCUGUUUGGACCAUUAUCACAACCCCAAGGUUCUGCCCUGUCUGCACACUUUCUGUGAAAAAUGCCUACAGAACUACAUCCCUCCCCAGUCUUUGACACUAUCCUGUCCAGUAUGCAGACAGACUUCUAUCCUGCCAGAGAAGGGCGUGGCAGCCUUACAGAACAACUUCUUUAUCACCAACCUAAUGGAGGUGUUGCAGCGAGACCCACAGUGCAGCCAACCGGAGGCCUGCAGUGCACUCGAUACGGCCAAUUCAGCCGCAACCUGUCAGCCUCUGUCCUGCCCCAAUCAUGAGGGCAAGAUGAUGGAGUUUUACUGCGAGUCAUGUGAGACGGCCAUGUGUCUGGAAUGUACAGAGGGUGAGCACAGAGAACAUGUGACGGUGCCACUGAGGGAUGUGCUGGAGCAGCAUAAGUCAGCUCUCAAAAGUCAGCUGGAUACUGUGAGCAACAGACUACCUCAACUGACAGCGGCCAUUGAGCUUGUGAAUGACAUCUCCAAGCAGCUAACAGAUAGGAAAAACGAGGCAGUGACUGAAAUCAGUAAUACUUUUGAUGAGCUGGAGAAGGCCCUACACCAACGCAAGACUGCUCUUAUCAACGAAGUGGAGAACAUUUGCGGCACUAAGCAGAAGGUCCUUCAAACUCAGCUAACCUCUUUGCUCCAGGGCAAAGAGAACAUUCAGAGCAGCUGCAGCUUCACAGAGCACGCGCUCAGCCACGGCAGUGCCACCGAGGUCCUCCUGGUCCAGAAGCAAAUGGGUGAGAGAGUCAGCGCUUUGGCCAGACACAGCUUUCCAGAGCACCCUCAUGAAAACGGCCACCUUGAAUGCCAGGUGGAGACGGAUGGACUGAGGCGCUCCAUUCAGAACCUGGGAGUCCUCAUCACCACGGGGGCGGUAGGCCACACUAGUGUCGCCACUGGCGAAGGCCUGCGGCACGCCCUGGUUGGCCAACACACCACCGUCACAGUCACCACUAAAGACAAGGACGGGGAGCUAGUGAAGACUGGGAAUGCUGCUCUCAGGGCAGAGAUUAUCUCAGCAGACGGAGGGUGCACUGAAGCCGAGGUGGUGGACAACAAAAACGGCACCUACGAGGUUGGGUAUACCAUCCGAUCCGAGGGAGAAUUCACCUUCUCUUUGCUGUUAUAUGAACAGCCUGUGAGGGGGAGUCCAUUCCGUUUGCGUGCUGUCAAGCCAUCAGAUGUCCUGCAGUCACCAGAAGACGUGAAGAGAAGAGUGAAGUCCCCGAGCGGGGGAGGAGGUCAUGUGCGACAGAAGGCUGUGCGCAGGCCCUCCAGCAUGUACAGCACCACCAAGAAAAAGGAAAACCCAAUAGAGGAUGAGCUGAUCUACAGAGUUGGAACAAGAGGGCGAGACAAAGGAGAAUUUACAAACCUUCAGGGCAUAUCAGCCUCCAGCAAUGGGCGGAUUGUGGUGGCAGACAGCAACAACCAGUGCAUACAGGUCUUCUCUAAUGAUGGGCAGUUUAAGAUGCGGUUUGGGGUAAGGGGUCGUUCACCCGGACAGCUGCAGCGCCCCACAGGAGUAACAGUGGACAUGAACGGGGACAUUAUCGUGGCCGAUUACGACAAUAGAUGGAUUAGCAUCUUCUCCUCAGAUGGCAAAUUCAAGAACAAAAUAGGUGCUGGAAGAUUGAUGGGACCCAAAGGUGUGGCUGUGGACAAGAAUGGCCAUAUCAUCACGGUUGAUAACAAAGCUUGCUGCGUCUUUAUCUUCCAAUCCAAUGGGAAGCUGGUGACUAAAUUUGGAGCCAGAGGAACUUCAGACAGACACUUUGCAGAGAAAAGUGGUGCAAACAUUGCACUGGAAACAAAGCUUAGUAAAUCUGGUCCUGUUUUCAGUCCUCACUUUGUGGCUGUGAAUAACAAAAAUGAGAUUGUAGUAACAGACUUUCACAACCAUUCUGUCAAGGUGUACAAUGCAGAUGGGGAGUUCCUUUUUAAAUUUGGCUCCCAUGGUGAGGGGAAUGGCCAGUUCAAUGCUCCGACGGGAGUGGCUGUGGAUGCUAACGGGAAUAUUAUCGUGGCCGAUUGGGGCAACAGUCGGAUCCAGGUGUUUGACAGCUCAGGAUCUUUCCUCUCCUACAUCAACACAUCAGCCGACCCGCUUUACGGCCCUCAGGGUUUGGCCCUUACAUCCGACGGCCAUGUUGCAGUGGCAGACUCUGGGAACCACUGUUUUAAGGUCUAUCGCUACCUACAGUAGAGACACCAGGCAGCCCUCUCCACCACUACAAGCACUGACGACACAACCAAUGUAUUCCACAGGGUGCGAUGAUAUUUCCAGCACAGCCUUUUGAUGUGCACAUCAGCAUAUUUUACAGAUAUAGUUGUCAACCCAUUUUACCUUUAUGAUGUGUAUUGAAAGUUGAUUUUUCAAUUUGAAUAAUGUAGCGUCCUCGGGACAAAAUAAUGACAUAAACGAAUAAACUCAUUUUGGACAGAUUGCAAAGGCAUUUUUGUGCGUCACACGCGUUGGUGAUACUAUCGAACUAGAAUUUCUAUAAGACCUGAAAACUUUAGGAGAUAGAAUUGAAGUAUUUAAUCAGCCAUAACUUGACCAGAUGCAUGAAGUUUGAUUUUUUCUCGAUACUUAAGCAGCAACACAGUGUAGUCAUCAUUUGCUUUUUCCACAGGCUUGUUAAUGCUUACAGUGAACUGAACAGUGCUAUGCUUCUUCAGCGAUGAAAUGUAAAGUUUUUCAUUUACUGGCAACUCACAUAAAGAUAUCACCACCAUCCGUGCAUUGAAUUGCUGUAUGUAUUGUAUAUACAUGAAUGUAUAUUGUGUAUAUUAGAUCACUCUGUAUGUAUGUGCUCUUAUUUGAAACACAGUCGUUUGCCUAUUCAGAGAGAGGGAGCCGAAGAUGGAUUCCAGGUCUUUGAUUAUGUGUAUGGCAGCUGUUAAAGAGUGGGCUCUUGAAACACACCAGGCACAUGAUUUACAAAAAAAAGUGUCAUAUUAUUGCUUAUCUAAGCAGCACAAUAAUAAUUUUGUUUAUAAUGGUUAUUUUGAAGGGGAAAACAAUGCUAAUUUAUUUUAUUUUGUACUGGCUCAGCAUUUACAAAUUAUUUUUCUAAAAUUUGAUGUGCUUUUUUCUCGUUUUAUUUCACACCCAUGUGGGGAAAUUUCCUCUUAAAGCAGAAUUCAGUAUCCAUUAACAUCCUGAAAAUGUAGAUAAUCAUUUGUGCAGAUGGGCAACUGGUUUCCAAAGCUAGAGCGCCAUCAUUUUCAUUUAGGAUGCAAAUGCAAAUUUAAUUGUCUGGACUUCUUUACGAAUUUAAUUGAUUGUUUUGCAUUCAAUACUUUUUAAAAUUGCUAUCCACUGAAGUGCUACCACCUUACCGGAAAUAAAACACAUAUCUCAGGAAAGCCAUCCAAAUUUGACGAGUGUACGUGAAACAAUCUGCAAUAUUGUUGAUUUCACAGGCACAUUAGUGAGACGGCCUCAUGGAUGCUUUGUGAGAAAACUGUUCAUUUGUACAAAUGUAAUCCACAUCAAAGAUCACCGAAAUCAUGAAGAUGGAAUAUGAAUUCUGUUUUACAGUGUUUUUUUUUAUUUUUAUGGCUUCACAGGAAACAGUUUCAAAUGUGUGUUAUCAUUUCAUAGAGGACAUUGAGUAGUUAACACUCCUUGUUAUAUUUGAAAUCUAACUAUCUCUCAUCCCUGAGUUCCUGCCUGCACUACGUCAUGCCAUGACUCAAAAGCGAGGACUCCUACCGGUUAAGCUGUCGCUGCUCUUGCUCCCCCUUAUGUUUCUUUUCUGUAAUUUCAGAGGAUAACAUUGUGCCACAGCAGAAAGAGAAAGCUUGUGUUAAGAUCAGGCUCCUGGCCUGGCCUAAUUAUCCACAGCACUGUGUUUAACAUCCAAACACCAUCAGCAGCUCCUCACACUGUGGAGCUACAGGACUGUAACAUAACUCAACUGUCAGCCAGGAAGUUGCUGUUUUUUCAUGAUCUGUUCUUAGACUUGUUGCCAAACAGGAGUAAAGACACAUUUAGAUAGACAGUUGGUCAUCUUUCUGGAAAAUGUCUAAGAUAUUUCAUCAUACUCAUUUUUUCUUUAUGAAUAUGCACUGGUAAUAAAAGCACAUGGUUUACUGAGCUGUCGUAAAUCCUU